CACAGCAUCAUGGACACAGAAUAUUCUAAGAGAGUCUACCAAGGCGUUCGAGUCAAGCACACAGUCAAGGACCUGCUGGCGGAGAAGCGAUCCCGACAGACAAACGGACAGAGAUACAGUGGAGGAUCGACCACUCCACCUUCUUUUGUCCAGAUGCCAGGGUCUCACAUGCUGCCUGGCUACUAUGGCAUGAGGCGUCCCUUCAUCUCCGACUCAGACUUCUGCCCGUCCACCAAGCAGUUCUCUCCAGACGUCUACUCCUCCACCCUCGGGGGUAAACCUCUGGGCUGUGAACCCUCCACCAUGAGCAGCUACUCCUCCCUCAUUGACAGCUACUACCCCGAGACUUUUGGUGACUACCGCAGCGCUGCUGCUUUCUCCAGCUCGGGAGGAUCCUUUCUGCCCUCGUCGGCCCUCUCGUCCCUGCUGCCUCCCUUCGGUGGAGAGUCCUCGCAUUUAUUUCUGAGAGACUCAUGGGAGCAGUCGGUGCCAGAGCCAUCUCAGGUGGAGACUCUCUGUCCGGACAGCCUGACCUCCGUUAGCGUCCCUCCUUCCAUGCCCAGCCCAGAGUCCCCCGGGAGCCCCUCUCAGUACCGCUCCCCUAGCAGAGGCACUUCCAUGGGCCCGGUUUCCAGCAGCCAGUCCUACACCCUGCACUCCCUGGAGGACGCUCACUACCACCCGUUAACCAGCAGCUCCUACGCAGUCCCCUCCUCCUCCUUCCCCUGCCCCCCUUACAUGAGCAGCUCCGUCAGCGACCUGGUGUCCAAGAUGGUGACGGAGGAGUCGGCCGACAGCCAUGGCAGCCUGCCCACCAACGGCGAGUCUCACCCCUCCUGGGCUAAAGAGGACGGUGUGACCUCCUGGUUGCCCUACGAGAUCAGGAGGGCCUACUGA